AAGAAUAGUACCGUAGCAAAGGCGAGGUGUUCGAUCUUCAUCUCCAUCAUUCAGUCAGCUGAUGGUCGGGAUGGUUGCGUAGGAUGGCUGUGUUUGAAAGGAAAAAGGAGGACAGGAUAGCCACAGAUGACACCAAGCCCCUCGUCGCCUUCAUCACAGACACACGCAACACUGAUGGACAUGUGGAGUACAUGUUGGAGGUUUGGCGAGUCCCGGACGUGGAGACGAAGUGGAAUGUCAGCCACCGGUAUUCAGACUUUGCCCAGCUGCACGCCACGCUCAGGGUGGGCGCGGUGGCACUGCCAGCACUCCCACCGAAGAAAGUGUUUGGGAAUACCGACCGAGACUUCAUCAAUGAGAGGAGGGUAGCGCUGCAGAAAUACAUCGAUGGCAUACUGGCAAACCCUCUCCUCACCGCGUCUCUACCAGUCAGGCAGUUUCUGGAUCCAAAAAAUUACUCUAGAAAUUUCCAAGAGGAGGGCCGCCAAAAUGUCCACAUUGUACUGCGUGCUGGAGGAAGCCACGAGGUGACAGAAGCGCUUCCCAACUGUGGUACGCGAGUCACUAAGGCGUACUUCCUGGCACAUCCCCUGGCUGACCCCAAGACCCAACAUAUCCUGUGGUGGGCGCCCUUUGGUCCAGACAAAGCCAUGAACCUGCGGGACACUCAUGCCACCCUCACAGCCCUCGUCCAGUGCCAGCACCCCUACAUUGUGCCAUCAGUGAGCAGCGUGGCCACCGAGGCAGGCGUGUGUGUGGUGCGGCCAUGGUUCCCCCUGGGAAGCUUGAGAGACAUGAUCAACCAGGCGCGGCCAAAGGGCAGUGCUCUCGUCAAGUACUCUGGGGACAAGAAGAUUGCUGUGGCUGAGAAGAAGUGUGCAGUGUUUGGCAGACAGAUCUUGGAGGCACUACUUUUCCUGCAUGAGAAGGGCUUGGGGCAUGGGCAUGUCCACACAGGGAACAUGGUGGUGGAGAACAAUGUGUGUCAACUGCUGGACUUGGAGAACCAGGUGGUGGGUAUGCCAAACCAGCUGCGGGCGCGGGUGGUGCAGCACCGGCGCAUCAACUCCAUUGAGGCACUGGAUGUGUAUGGCUUUGGCCAUGCCAUGUAUGAGAUGCUCUUCCAGCGACGCCUGGAGGCAGACACCUGUGAGGACUUCCCACCUGAGUGCUCACCCAUGGCUAGGUCUGUAUUGGAGAGUAUCCUGAGUGCUGAGGCAUGCAAGAAUGGCCUCCCCUCAGUGGCCGGGCUGCUCACUCACCCGUUCUUCAAUGAGGUUCCCCUACAUAGCUAUGAGAAGCCAACUUUGAAGCUCCCAUCCUCAGUGAAGCAAGCCAUAGCAGUCUCCCACCAGAGCCUUCUGACAAGGCUUGCUGCUGACCAGAAGAAGGUUCGGCAGCAGAGGAAGAUGUCCAAGGCAGAGGCGUUUGUGCAGCAGCGUUCCAUCAAAGCGCGUCCCAAGAAGCACUUGCACCUGGAGACAAAUGGCUUGGCAUCAGGGGGCGACUCCCUCACAAACUCAGGUAAUGCAGAAAACUCUAAUAAUAAAACUGCCACUACUGCAACUCCAAACUCCCCACUCCCUCCUCCACCACCUCCACCUACCACACCCCUCACUCCUGUCCCACCUCCACCUCCUCCUCCUCCUCCUCCUCCUCCUCUUCCCUCAUCCACUGGUCCUGCAUCAUCCACUGAGGCUCCUGCUGUGGAUGAGAAGGAGAGAGCAGCACUAUUGAAUGCCAUCACAGGAUUCAAGAAAGGUCUGCUCAAGAAUGUGGAGACUAAUGACCGAAGCAAACCAGCCAUGUGAGGUGUGUGUGUUUGUAUGUGUGUGUGUGAGAGGCAAGUGUGUAAUGUGUGAAGCUUCUGAUUUGUAAACUUGUGGAAUGUGUGUGUGUGUGUGUGUGUGUGUGUGUGUGUGUGUGUGUGUGUGUGCGUGUGUGUGUGUGUGUGUGUGUGUGUGCGUGCGUGUGCGUGCGUGCGUGCGUGUGCAUGCUAUUGUUAAUAUCUGGUAGUUAAAAUUGACAUGAUUGUAAUGCAUAUGUCAUAUACAUAAGCAUAAUUUUCAUCCUAGUAAAUUACAGGGCGUUUUUUACACUUUUUUCAUGGUUUCAUUAGAUUUUGCUAUGAAAUCUAGUAAUGAUAAUCUAGAUAAUGAUAUAUUUUAGCUUUCUCUAUAAUAGCCUGUCAAUGUGAAAUUUCCCUAAAUAGAUAUGGUUUUUAUUAGAUUUUGCUGCAUGAAUCUAAUGGAAAUAUUAAUGCAUCACUAUCUCUUGAAAUUACUUUCAUUUGGCAGCCAUACAUAUUGAGAAACUUGCCUUUGCAACUUAGACAUCUAUACAUGUAACCAGCCUUAGAUAUCCUACAUCAGGGCUUGUAGAAAUAUAUCCUAACUCACUACAACCAGUCAUGUGAAUGGUAUGGAAUGAAGAUGAGCACGUUAUGACAAUGAAAACCACUGGGAAUCUGUUGUGCAGGGAAGAUAGAUAUGCAGAAGAAAAACAUGCAUUGCAAUCCAAUAGUUUUUUUUACUCAGGAAGUUGUUCUUGAGAUUUAUUAUUAUAUUUGAAGUGUAAAGUAACAGCUCUUCAUGUAGACAAGUUCAGUUAGCUUCAUAUGGUUGUGUCAAGAGCUGUGAUAAGGAACAUAAAUCUUUUAGGGAAAGAAAGGAUUGGAACAAGCACUUGUGUUUACAAAUUUAUAUCAAUUCAGCUUCCAAGGUAACCUUGAAUUUGGGUAAAGAAUCUGUCUGUUUGCUUCACACUCCACCCAGCCUCUGCAGAGACACUAGGUGUGUGUAUAACAUUCCUCUGAAGAAGUAACAAUAGUCUAAAAAAUUCUUGUAUAUAUUCUUUGAUACUCCUUCUCUAGUGUGGAUGCAGGAAGGUCUGGCGUCUUGCUCUGUGCCAUACCAGCGUCUUGGUCUGCUUCUGAAUAAGGUAGUGAAGACGCUGUGGGUUGUUCUUUCUAUUAAGCUACUGAUCCACAGUGCAUACAACUGUGUGUGGCUUGAUUUGGCUUCAAGAUAGUUAUUUUUCUAUGGUCACAUUAUUAUGCAUUGUAUUCCAUGCAAAUGCAGUGCAAUAAGUGUUAUGUGUUAGAUGGUAAAUUAAUACAAAGUUUGACAGUUGAUGAGUCACCAGAUUUCAUUUGUAUAUUAAUCCUGUUGUGUUAUGGUGUCUCGCUGCUUUGUCUUCCGAGAAACAAGCAUUUUUUCAUCAGUCAAGCCACUGAUUUGUCACUGGCCAACUGGUUAUUACUUGUUUAUUGUUGAUUUUCAGAUUUUAUUCUAUGAUAAUUUAGCUUGUCUUGUGAUAGUUGUUUUUAGUAUUUACCAAGCAGUGCUUGUUACUCAGUUACUAUAUGUGCAGAUGCUAUUCGGCAUUGUUUAUUUAGCAGGAAUGAGGUACUGCUGUGCAUUUUUCAUUGUGUACAUAAUCAGACAACAGUGCAUUAUUGUAUGUAGUUUAUAAUAUAUAUAUAUAUAUAUAUAUAUAUAUAUAUAUAUAUAUAUAUAUAUAUAUAUAUAUAUAUAUAUAUAUAUAUAUAUAUAUAUAUAUAUAUAUAUAUAUAUAUAUAUAGCCUAUUUUUUUUACAUCUGAGUUUGUUACACCGUGCAGGCAGCAGUGACUGUGUUUGCAUUUGACCAUCUUGCAUAUUUGUGAAUGUUUCUCUGCCGUGAUACCAAAGCCAGACCUUCUCAGCAAGUUAUGGAGACAGGUGAGGUAUGGCAGAUUUGGGUGUGAUAUGGGCAUGAGCUGCCAUCCCACAAGACCAAUGCCAAAGAAACAGGAUCCUGAAGAAAUUAUUCAUAUCUUAGUUUAAGCAUACAUUAGCCUGUUAUGAGACUGCAUUCGUCCAGGGGUAUCAGGAUUGAUUUCAGUUGCUGCUAAAAACCGUCCCUUUCUCAGCACCUUCCAUGAAUCGCGUUCCGUAAUUGAUUUCUUUCUAUCCUUCUAUAUGUGUCAUGAAUCAUAGGUUCAUGUUCUCAAACACUUCGCUCUCUCACCCCAACUAUUCCCAAAAACCACAGAGAUGAUGUGCUGGGUUCUCAAAAGUGUUUCUCUUGUGACUAAUGAAAAAAUGUUGUUAAUCUAUCAUUUUAAGUGCAAAAUACCUGUAAUAAUCUGUGUAGUUUUAACUAAAGUCUUUUGAAUUUAUUGGGGGAUGCAGCACUGGAAGUGUUUCAGAAUAAGGACGAUAGUAUUAUAUGAUUGUAUGUAUAGGUGGGCAUUGUUGCAAUAAAUUAUUGCAAUAAUUUAUUGGGAUAAUGAUAUCAGAUUAUCAGUUAUCCGACAAUUACUUGUCCUUUGUUAUGGAUUUGUUCAUAUUGCUGAUACUUUUGGUUCCAAACUAUAAAUUAUCAAUUACUUUUUAAGGGAAACAUGAACAUGUUGAAGUUUAAAACUCAAAAUCAAUUACAGUUCUUGUACUCAAAAUAGUAGUUUUCAUCACUGAAGUGAAUUGAUAAGCAUUGAUUUUUUUAGUUUUCUAAAAAAUGUUCUAAGUUUUCAAAGAUGAUAUUAGUAAAUGAUUUGAUUUAGCAAAAAGUUUUGUUUAAAAUAUCAAUAUCAUUAUUGAUACUGUUGAAGUUUUGGAUUUGUCAAUCUUUUAUCAGCCAUCGGGCAGUAGAUUUAUUGACAGUAAUUAAUUAUUGAUUAUUACCGGUAAGGUUUUUGUCAUCAACUUAUAGGUUAUCACGAUUUUUUUUUUUUUUUUUUUUUUUUUCGUUAUCAUGAUCGUAUGCGACUUUUUCUCCUCAUACUUGUUCAGCUGUAAAGGACUUGAGAUAAAAUGGUAUAAAUACAUUGUUUUAUUGUAAGAAACUACUUUGUUCGUCUUUGCAUGAAGCGACAAUAUUGCAUCUUACAUUUUUCUCUCCUUUGAAUGGGUUUACGGUAGAUUGGUGUUCCAAAUUGCAAGAAUCUCUCUCUCUCUCUCUCUCUCUCUCUCUCUCUCUCUCUCUCUCUCUCUCUCUCUCUCUCUCUCUCUCAGCACAGAAAACCAAUCAAUCAAGUCUUCGUCUCUUUCCUCUCCUCUCUUUCUAAUCUCGUCUCUAAUCUCUCUUCUUCUCUUCUCUUCUCUUCUCUUCUCUCCUCUUCCCGGGACCAACGAAGAGCUGCUUGCCAGGUGGUCUAACGUGGGCUGGGAAGCAGGUGAUGCAAAACCGGCGUCGCGAGUCUGAAAAUGUAGACGUAAUAUUGACCAGCGCACGGGGUUUGAAGUCCGCCGAUUCAAGGACGUCACGAUGAUCGCCGAUAGAUUAUGUGGCUGAUAAGGUGAUGCGAUGCGUAGUUAUGUAUCUUGUCAAAGUGUUGUUGAUCUGAGAGUAUAAAUGACAGCUUCAUGCACUUUGCUUUUUGUAUUACAUGUACUGUAUCGUGAAGAAGACUAGUCAAACAGGGAACACGUCUUGUCCGAGAUGAGUCAUUAAAAUAUUGCCCAGUGUAUAAGGAAACCUAGAUUUUUAUAUGCAAUUAUUACAGAAUGGGUACUGAAUAAAGUUGAUUUUAAA